AUGGUCAUCAUAACAUUACGUUUCCUUGCCAGUGGGAAGAUGCAGCAGUGCAACAGUGAUGACAUGGGUGUGUCACAAUCUACAGUCAGUACAGUGAUUGCCCAAACACUUGAUGCUCUCUCAAGUAUUGACAUACUGAGAAGAUUCAUUACGUUCCCUCACACCAUGGACGCUGUGGAGAGGAAGAAGGCAGAAUUUCUUCAUAUAGCGCAAUUUUCGGGUGUAAUUGGUGUCACUGAUUGCACCCACAUAAGAAAUGUGGCACCAAAGCAGGAGGAGGCAGCUUAUAUCAACAGGAAAAGGUAUCACAGCAUCAAUGUUCAGAUUGCAUUUGAUGAAAACUACAAGACAGCUGAAGUUCUUGCAAAGUGCCCCGGGUCUGUGCAUGAUGCAAGGAUUUUCAGUGACAAUGCAAUCAGACCGUUGUUUGAGAGGAAUAUAAUACCUGCAGGAUGCCACUUGCUGGGAGACAGACGUUAUUCCAGCCAACAGUACCUGCUGACACCAUGA